CACGCUCAUUUGUUUGGAUACCAGACACUGAAGCUCAGAAGGGAUGCGAGAUUAACUUUAAAAUAAACUAUUUGUAACAGAUAUCGUGUCGUGAGUCCUCUCCACCGAACCAAAAUGUACAAGGGUUUCCGAACAUGGGUUUUACUGCUGGUUUUUCACACACUGACAGUUGCUGUUUGGGCAAGACGAGGGAGGAGAAAUGUCCUUUUCAUCAUUGCAGAUGAUUUGCGGACAUCAUUAGGCUGCUACGGGGACUCUCUCGUAAAAUCACCAAACAUUGAUCAACUGGCAUCCAAAAGCCAGGUUUUUCUCAAUGCAUAUGCACAGCAAUCUGUGUGCGCUCCCAGUCGAACGUCCAUAUUGACGAGUCGUAGACCGGACACCACCAGGCUCUAUGACUUCAAAUCGUACUGGAGAGUCCAUUCUGGAAACUACACCACCAUGCCACAGUACUUUAAAUCUAAAGGCUACUUAACCUUGUCUGUGGGCAAGGUAUUUCAUCCAGGUAUUGCUUCUAACUACUCGGAUGACUACCCCUACAGCUGGUCCAUCCCUGCCUACCAUCCAGCUUCAUUCACAUAUGAGAAAAAGAAGAUGUGUAAAGGAGAGGAUGGGAAACUCCACGCCAACCUACUGUGUGCAGUGAACGUGACGCAGCAGCCCGGGGGAACCCUCCCCGACAUGGAGAGCACGGACGAGGCCGUGCGGCUUCUGAAGAGUCGGGCCGGCGAUGAAAAUCCUUUCUUCAUGGCUGUGGGCUUUCACAAACCACACAUCCCCUUUAGGAUACCACAGGAGUACCUGAGUCUGUAUCCCAUUGAGGAAAUCACUUUGGCCCCUGACCCCGAUGUCCCUAAACUCCUCCCACCUGUUGCCUACAACCCCUGGACAGAUGUGAGGAGGAGGGACGAUGUCCAGAAGCUCAACAUUAGCUUCCCCUAUGGACCCAUCCCUAAAGACUUCCAGCUGCGUAUCCGGCAGCACUAUUACGCCGCCGUGUCGUACAUGGACGCUCAGGUCGGGCGGCUGCUCAGCGCCCUCGAUGAGCUGCGUUUGUCCGACAGCACAGUGGUGGUGUUCACCUCGGAUCACGGUUGGUCUUUGGGAGAGCACGGUGAAUGGGCCAAAUAUUCCAAUUUUGACGUGGCGACGCGAGUCCCCCUUAUGUUCUACGUUCCUGAGGUCACCUCACACCGUAACUCGCGUGGAGAGUCUACCUUUCCUUAUAUUGACGCAUUCAACCAAUCACAGCACAGCUUUAACAAUGACAAAGUGAUUAAGAACAUGGUGGAGCUGGUGGAUGUUUUCCCGACCGUCUCCGACAUGGCCGGCCUCAGAGCUCUGAAACCCUGUCCUGAUGUUUCCUUCCAGGAAGAGUUGUGUACAGAAGGACACAACCGGGCCAAAACCUUCCGACGCCCAGAGAGAGGAGAGAACGCGGAGGCGGUGUCGUUCAGCCAGUACCCCCGACCCGCCGAGACCCCGCAGGAGAACUCUGACCUCCCUGACCUCAAAGACAUAAAGAUCAUGGGCUACUCUCUGCGCACCUGGGACUACAGAUACACUCUGUGGCUGGGCUUCAACCCCAACACGUUCCAGACGGAAACAGAACACAGAUUAAAAAGGCAGAUUUGUUGGAGCAGAUUGGCCGGGCCGACACUACUUUUGCUGUCGGUGAAUGUCUCAGACGUCCACGCUGGAGAGCUGUACAUGUUGGCGAGCGACCCCGGUCAGGAUAACAACGUCUACAGCGACUAUGACCACAGUGUGAUGAUGACGAAGAUGAGCAGACUGCCUCCUACCGUGAGUCUGCAGAUGAGGAUGAAGCUGCAGCUCCUCUACCUCUCAGCAGGGAGGAAGAGGAAGGCGUGGUGACGAGAAUAAAACAACAGAUGGAUGAAUGGAGACGAGCACAAAGGGAAGAUGGAUGGAUGAAAAACAUCUAGAAAGGGAGAAUGAGUUGUAUAUUCAUCUUAAAUUAAGGCAGACUUGAUUUCAUGUUAUUUGGUACCAGUAUUCAUCUCUCAGGUUGAAUUCUUCAGGCUGAUGUUCCUUGCUAAGAACUUGUGUGUUUCUACAUCCAUACGUUCAGACACUUCCUCUUCCUGCUGCGAAACACAACUUCCUGUGUCUUUCUUCCUGGGCCUCUUCACACCUGCCACUGACGUCUGUAUUAUCUCAAUGAGUCAAUUGUGAGAAGGAAGUGUCAUUAUAGUUUUGCAUGACUCGAGCAGCUAUUAGAUAGAUUUCUGAUUAUCGACAGCAAAUACACUUUUUUGGAGAUGAGCAUAUUUGCUUUUCAUUAAAGAUUUGGAUUAAAAGCUCUGUCUGUAUGCUAAAUAUAAAGCUAGCUAGCAGGGAUUUAGCUUAGCAUGAAGACUGGAAUCAGGGUGAAACCGCUAGCCUGUUAAGCUAAUUUAUUGACGCAUUAUAUGUAGCAAGCAAUGCAAAAAUGACAUGUUUUGGAAAUAAUGGCACUAAAAGCAACUAUACCAAGUCGUUUUUGUUGAGUAAAAUGUUGCUUGCUGUUGGGGUUUAGCUUCCAGUCUUUACGCUAAGCUAAGCUAAUUGGCAUCUGGCUAAUGUUAAGCGUACAGACAUGAGAGUAGUCUAGAUUUUUCCAAUGUAAAUCAAAUAUUAGGUUUCCAAAAAUCUUUAACUAUUCCUUUAAUACUGUAUACCUAAACCGUACGUCUAAACCAGGGAAUCUUUUUUUCCCUUACAACUUUACCGAAGCAUGAAUUGACGGACACAUCUGAUUGGCUAUGAGAUGAUUACAUCUCAUUUACAAGCUGUCUUUCAUCUAAAGUAAUAUUGAGGAAACCUAAAGAAUUAUCCCCUUUUUUGAUUAACAGCGACACCAGUUUCUCUCCUCUAUUGAUCUCAUCUUCCUCGGGUGUCAUCUCCUCACUUUGAAGUGCAACAGCUAAAAAGGACUCGCUGGUUCUUGUACCGUGCUGUUAAACUAUAUGACAUUUCUAUUUGCACUUGCAGCUAUUUGCCUCCCUCCUUGUAAACAGUCAGUUCAGAUCAAUUUGUGGAGCCAAAAUGAAGUGAGUAAAAGCCACCCGUAAUAAUUCAAUGCAAAUGAAACGGACUGGAGCUACGUUUUACUGCCGCUCCAACGCAUGAGCAGUUUUGCACUGUGGCAAUUUCAGUAGGAAGCAAUUUCAGCUUGAAUUUCAGGUCCAACAAUGAAUUGAGGGGAUUCGAUCUGUCCAUUUUUAUUGUAGACUGCACCGGCUACAUGGUAAUGGGAUGCAGAGGAGUCAUCAGUGUGCUUCUAACAUAUGUCAGGCACUUUUUCACAUCUCUCUGGCUGGUUCUGUAUUUCUCCCCCUGUUGACUUCAUUGCAAUUGUUACAUACUGUACAUAGUUUUUUUUCAGUUGCUGUUCCUCCUGUGCCUGUAACGAUGGUUAUAACAGUUCUGCCCUGUACAUACAGAUAAAUACUAACAAUGGAAAAAUGAGCUCGGUUUGGUUGCAUCAGAGCCUGAGCUCCAGCUUUCUGAAGGGAAAAUAAAAAAGAAAUGCUGCAGAAAUAAUUUAAAUCUCAAGCUUGGCAAGGACACACUGUUAAUAUAUUUAUGCCUGAUUUGAUUAGUUUGUUAAAUAAAUAAAAAAUAUUUUUU